GUUAUCGAAUACCGCAACUAACUUUCGACGCAUACAGAAUUUGCAAAGCCGGAGGAAAUUGAAGAAUCUGUGGAAUAUCAGCGACUUACUAGUAAUCUAGCACUUAAAAAUAACAUCCAAAAGAGCCGGAAGUGAAUCCCCGGAACUAAAUUGCCAGAAAGUUCUCAGGCAGCACACACCGAGAUAAAGCGCCCCGGAAUAGCCGCCCAUGAGUAGUCAUCGAGACGGAGCCGGAGCCGAUCGUAUCACAAUCAAAAUUCACAACAUGAAGCGUAGCGCCUCGCGCUCCCCGGGCCCGGCCUCCAGGAGCAGUUUGUCGCGCAACUCGCGAAGCAUGGGUCGUGGGUACGACAACGGCAGUGGCGUACCGGGCGAUUCGCCGGAGCGCCUGUCGCCGGAGCGCAUGCGACGUCGAUUGGACCGCUCGCCGAGUCGAUACGGCUCCCCGCACCGGGAGCCCUACAUGCGUGGUCCACCGCCCGCAGAGCGACCAGCUGGCUACAAGGUACUUUGCGUCAGCGCACUGCCGCCAAAGGCUCCGGACGAUUUCAUCGAGGAGACACUGUACCGCGAGUACAAGAAGUUCGGCGAUUUUAGCGUGCGACUGGCGCACGACUUGGAUGAACGGGUUGCUUACGUUUGCUUCCGAACGCCUGAAGAUGCACGCGAGGCAAAGCACCAUAAGCCGCGCCUGAUCAUCUACGACAAGAUGGCCAUUGUGGAGCCGGUGUACAAGUCCACAACCAGACCGGAAUAUAGACCACGCGGUCACUCAAUGUCCCCACCGGACUACGAACGUUACCACUACUCGAGGUCCCCUAUGGGACAAGGCGUUCCUUUGGAUCACCGUCGACCUCCAAUUGAUCCCUACGACCGGUACGGUCCUCCCCAUAUGCAUCCGCACGCAGUCCAUCCACGUGAUUACCGCCCAUUGCACCAUGACUAUCCUCAUCCGCCACGCGGACCACCUAUGCAUCGCGGCGGCCAUCCGCAUCACCUCCACGGCCAUGCGCCGCCCCAUCAGUAUGCUCCUAUGAGGCCAUUAGCACCACGCCCACACGCUCCUUAUGAAAAACCUGAGAGCAAGAAGGACAAGUUCCCCAAUUACUUGCACCAUGUGCAGCCCGAGGAUGAUCCUCUUUCUACGCGCACACUGUUUGCAGGAAAUCUGGAGGUUACCAUCGCCGACGACGAACUGCGUCGCAUCUUUGGCAAAUACGGAGUUGUAGAUGACAUCGACAUCAAGCGACCGCCGCCGGGUACGGGGAACGCGUUCGCGUUUGUACGUUACCAAAACCUGGAUAUGGCUCACCGUGCGAAGAUCGAAUUGUCCGGCCAGUACAUUGGCAAGUUUCAAUGCAAGAUCGGAUACGGCAAAGUGACUCCGGCAACUCGUAUGUGGAUCGGAGGCUUAGGUGCCUGGACUUCUGUCACUCAGCUGGAGCGAGAGUUUGAUCGCUUCGGUGCUAUCAAGAAGAUUGAAUACCAGAAGGGCGAGCCGUACGCUUAUAUUCAGUACGAGACGGUGGAGGCAGCCACGGCGGCGGUAAAGGAGAUGCGAGGAUUCCCAUUGGGUGGACCGGAGCGUCGACUCCGCACGGACUUCGCUGAGUUGCCCGGCGCCACACCGGCAGCACCUUUCAAGAGCUCAAAGCCGCCAUAUGAUGAAAGUGCGUUGGAGUACAGACGUCCGGAAUACGAUCCGUAUUACGAAGAGUCCGCCGCCUACGCUCCGCGCGGUGGCUAUUCUCCGUAUCCACCUAGGGGUGGCUACCGUGGACGUGGUGGAUAUCGCGGAAGAGGAAGAGGCAUGUAUCAUUAUCAUAACGAUGUGCAUAGGCCGCCGCAUCCUGGCUCCUUGGCAGGUUCCUCUUCUUCAGUCCCCCCUCCCGGUGGAGUGGAGGAUGAGUGGCGACGUCCGCCAGGAGAAUCGUACGACAGGGGAGCCCGAUCCAGCUCCCGGGAACCUGGUGUAGAACGCUCUCGUUCUAGAUCCCCAUUGAAGCGGGCACGCUCUCCCGGAUCCGACUCUGACACCUCGACUCGUCGCAACGACGCCCUUGCAUCAGCCAGUACGGUUCCAGAGGUGGCGCGCAAGUGCAGCACAGUGUGGACCGGAGCGCUGAUCCUCAAGAGCUCACUGUUCCCAGCCAAGUUCCAUUUGACGGACGGAGAUACGGAUAUUGUGGAGUCGCUGAUGCGCGAUGAGGAGGGCAAGCACAACCUACGUAUCACCCAGCGACUGCGUCUGGAUCCGCCCAAGCUGGACGACGUGCAAAAACGUAUUGCAUCCUCAUCGUCGCACGCCAUUUUUAUGGGCCUGGCGGGCUCCACUAACGACACCAAUUGCGACGAUGCCAGCGUGCAGACGCGACCACUAAGGAACCUGGUUUCCUAUCUCAAGCAGAAGGAGGCGGCUGGCGUGAUCUCGCUGCUUAACAAGGAGACGGAGGCUACUGGGGUGCUGUACGCCUUCCCCCCCUGCGACUUCUCCACAGAGCUGCUAAAGCGCACCUGUCACAGUCUGACGGAGGAGGGCCUGAAGGAGGACCACCUGGUGAUUGUGGUGGUGCGCGGCGGAACGGCCUAAGCUGGAGCGGCUGGCGACGGUGGGGAUGGGAGGACAAACUGGAGGUAAUAACUAGCCACAGUGCUAAAGGAAAAUCUCCGCCACAUCUAAUUAUAACAUAGCAGCCGUAGUCGUAUCUUAGCUCGUCCUCUCCCAAGAGGAGGACAACCAGGGGCCACAUACAUGCAAGGGACGUGUAUGGGGCUCCUCCAAGCACCGCAUACACGCACACACACACACAUAUGAUGCACACAUACAGAGACAGAAGCAGAACCGAGGAGACUUCACCCACACCUCAUGACCCAAAAGCCCGUAUUAAUUAACCAUUAAUCAACCUUCUUUUGCAGACAGGAUCUCUCUUUUGGUUUUAGUUCAAGUUCUCGAUGUGUUAGUGACAGUGAAGUUUAUACAUCCUUUUCAUUAAUGUGCUUAAAAGUUUGAAAAAUCGUUCAUGAUUGUAUCUAAAGCUACCCAUACAAAUUAUCCAAUUUUAUUAUGUUAAAGUGUACAACAGUAUGAAAACAACAUUAGUAAAAACCAAAAUCAAAUUUUUUCUAAAAAACAAAAAAACUCCAUUCGAGUGUCCGCAUAUGAUCAACAAGUAGUGCGAAAUAAUGUCAAUGAAAAGUUUUUGUGUUCCUUAAAA